AUGGAUCAUAGUACCAAACAUGGGCUGGUGCUGCUAGAUCAGCUGAGGAAGAUGAGGGAAGUUGAACAUUUGACGGACGUGGUGCUGGUUGCUGAAGGCAUCAGCUUCCCUUGCCACAGAGUGGUUCUGUCGGCCUUCAGCCCAUAUUUCCGCGUCAUGUUCACAUGUGGUCUGCGGGAGUGCAACAACAGAGAGAUAUUCCUGCACGACACCCCUGCAGAAAGCCUGGCGCUGCUCCUGAACUACAUGUACUGCUCAGAUCUUCAUCUCACCAACGCCAGUGUGCAGGGGAUCUCUGUUGCAGCUUUUCUUCUUCAGAUGGACGACGUGUUCAUACGCUGUCAGCAGCACAUGACAGACAACAUGGAUGCAUCCAACUGCCUAGGUGUGUAUUAUUUUGCCCGGGACCUUGGUGCAGAGGAACUGGCUGACCACGCUGAGCGCUUCUUGAGGCAAAACUUUGUCCAAGUCUGUCGGAGCGAGGAGAUUCUGGACCUGGAGGCCCAUCAGCUGGGAAAGCUUCUGAGUUCUGAUGACUUGAAUGUGUCGCGAGAAGAAACCAUCUUGGAUCUGGUUCUUUGCUGGGUCAAACACAACCCUCUAGGUGAUCAAGAGGGACGUGCUCUGCAUCUUCCGGAGCUUUUGAGAAAGGUCCGCCUGCCGUUGAUAAACCCAGACUUUCUGAGAGAGGCCAUGAAGAGAAACACCGCACUGCUGGCUGAUGCUGAAUGUCUUGAGAUGAUGAAUGAGGCUCUGCAGGCCGUGGCAAUGCAUCCCUCAGCCGCACCUCGGAAAAUCAAACUCCGGUACGGCAUGGAGACCACUGAUCUGCUACUCUGCAUUGGAAAUGACACUUCAGGGAUCAGGUCAAGGUACGGUAAAUACGCCGAGAGCAGUUUUUGCUAUGCUCCAUCAACUAGCCGGACGUACUACAUCACGUCGCCUCGCUACGGAGAAGCUCUGGGGUAUGUGUGUGCUGGAGUUGUGACAGAAAGUAAUGACAUUAUUGUGGCCGGAGAAGCAAGUGCAAAAAGAAUGUCCCGACAAAAAGACAUGAAUGUUGAGAUCUACAGGUAUAAAGUGGAGGCUCAAGGAAGCUGGGAACACCUGACAUCUGCAGAGUACCGCGACUCCUAUGCUCUGGGAUCACUGGGGGACACACUGUAUCUCCUAGGAGGACAGAUGAAGCUAAAGAACCAGUUUCUCAUCACGAACAGUGUGGAGCGAUGGUCACUACAUGGUGGACCUUGGCGGAGUGCACCCCCCCUUCCUAUGCCUUUGGCCUACCACAGUCUGGUCAGAAUGAAAGACCGCCUUUAUGUGAUGGGUGGUCUCACCCCACAGUCGUAUCGCUUGGAUGACGAGCCUGAUCGUCUCAGCAACCGCCUGCUCCAGUAUGAUCCAAACACCAACAAAUGGACAGAGCUGGGUCCCAUGAAGUACUCCAAGUACCGCUGCAGCGCUGUGGAACUCAACGGUGAAAUAUACGUGAUCGGAGGUAUUGGGUGUGAAGGUGUAGAUCGCGGUCAGUCGCGUCAUUGUCUGGAUGUUGUAGAGAUCUACAACCCAGAUAGAGAUUGCUGGAGGGAUGGACCUAGUCUACCUUGUCCACAGCUCUCCCUGCACACCAAAGCCUCCAACGCAGGCAUGGUGGGAGGAAAGAUUUACAUCUGUGGAUAUUACAAGGGAGCAGGGCGACAUGACAACAUAACCAAAGACAUUUUGGAGCUGGAUCCCCAGGAGGACCGCUGGACUGUGGUGGCUCGAAAUGCUCUGAUGCAUGACAACUAUGACGUCUGCUUGGUGGCAAAUCUGAAUCCAAGGGGACUUACCCCCCCACCUGCAGACUUAGUCGAAGUAUGACACAGCAAGAUCAAAGUCUGUGUGAGGAAAACUAGUGACGCAAAUUAAUGAUUAAUGCUACUGGAGAAAAUCACUUAGGGGGCAAAUUAGCGCUUAGCAUAGAGAACAGAAAGUUCUGAAUGUUUAACAUACACUAACAGUUCAUUUGCUGAUGUGACAUCUGCAGUAAUUACUAGAGGUGUAACGAUUAUUCAACUUAAUCGUCCAUGUAAACAUAUAGGAGCAUUAUUAUUAUUUUGUUUUUGCAGUUUAACACCUGAUGCUUCAUUAACAUAUGUCCAUCAACACGGGGAACAUCAGGUCUAACAGGCUCAAAAUUAUAAAAAUGUAUAUUUUAAUUUUCUAAAGCACAGUAAAAAAUGCUUUACAUAUGCACUUUUUAAAAACAAAUAAUAAACUGGAUUAUAUAAAUGGAUCUAAACAAUAGGGCUGCCACAAACGAUUAUUUUAAUAGUCGCCAGCAAUUUUUACUGAUUAGUCGACUAAUCUAGUCAUUUCUAAAGCACAGUAAAAAAUGCUUUACAUAUGCACUUUGUAAAAACAAAUAAUAAACUGGAUUAUAUAAAUGGAUCUAAACAAUAGGGCUGCCACAAACGAUUAUUUUAAUAGUCGCCAGCAAUUUUUACUGAUUAGUCGACUAAUCUAGUCAUUCGCAAAG